AAAGUGGUAGGAUCUUCAGUGUUUGUAGACCGUUCGCAGGGAGUGUUUCGAGUGUAGUUCAUCAUACGAAAAAAAAUUCUAAUCGAAAUUAAUUUCAGUGUUCGUGUAUUUGUAUCUCUAGCACCAAAAAGGAAUCAUGAGAUUCCUGACAAAUUUCCUUUUUUCCAUCUUAUCGAUUACUUUAAUUUCUGGAAAAAGUAUCGAGACAAUAUUUCCAACUGAAGCGGCAAAUUUCAACUAUCCUGAAGCGCGUCGUGAUAAUGUAGUCAAUAAUUAUCAUGGAGUGAAAAUUUCCGAUCCAUAUCGUUGGCUUGAAAAUUCAAAAUCAGAGGAAACGGCAAAUUUCAUAGAGGCUCAGAAUUCAUUAACUGAUUCCUAUUUGAAUUCACCGUCAAGUGUGAAAAAAUCUAUAGAAAAUCGUCUGAAGGAACUGGGAGAAAAAUCUACUCAUCACACAAAUCCCGAAAGACAUGGAGACAAAUAUUAUUUUGUGAAAAAUGGAGUUUCAUAUGUUCAGGAAACUUUGGAGAGCGGUGAACCAAAAGUAUUUAUUGAUCCCAAAAAUUUCUCGACGAACAAUAAAACAUUAUUUCAUCCUUUAACAAAAUUCAGUGAAGAUGGUAGUGUAGUUGCUUACACAUUUAUUGAAAACAAAACCACCGAUUUUGAUAUUAGGAGGGAUAUUCAUUUCAUGAAUGCAGAGACAGGAGAAAAAUAUUCUGAUAUUUUGCAAGGAGUAGAAUUUUUUAGUGCAGUUUGGACUCGUGGUAAUUUGGGAAUUUUUUACAAUUAUUCUCCACAAAAGAAUUCAAGAAGGAAAAUCGAGGAGGAUGUGAAAGUUUAUUAUCACAAAAUUGGCACGUCUCAGUCUGAAGACAUUGUUGUUGUCGAUUUUCCUGAUGAAAAACCUCAAAAAAUAUACACCGACGUUUCAAACUGUGUUCAAUGGUUGUUUGUUUCGAAAAAAAGUGCUACUGGAAAGAAUUCGCUUUAUUUUACUGAACUAACAGAGGAAAUAAAUGGAAUAUUCAAUUUGACCGAAAUCAUCGUUGAAACGGAUUCACGCUACGUGUAUAUUGGAAAUGACGGUACAAAGGGAAUUUUCCGAACAAAUUUAAAUGCUCCAAAAUGGAAAGUAAUAGCAAUCGAUGUAUUGAAUUACAAACAAGAAAAUUGGACAACUUUAGUAUCCGAAGAAUCGGACAAAAUCAUCAGAGAUGUGACAAUUGUGGAUAAUGAUAAAUUCGUUAUUCAGUAUUAUUGCGAUAGAGCUUGCGUAUCUUGUGAUACAGAUUACAUUUUACAAUUGCACAGUUUGGAAAGUGGGAGAUUAAUAAAAAAACUUCAAGUCGGUUUUGGAACAAUUUUAAUGACGAAAUAUGGAAAUAGAAAACAUCCAGAUUACUUUUUUAGUUUCACGUCAUUCUUAAUUCCGAAAAUAAUCUACAGAGUAAAUGUAAAUUCAUUUGAUAAACCGGAAAUUUAUUAUGAAUCAAAAGUAAAAAAUUUCGAUCCAAGUCUCUAUGAAAUAUUUCGCAUCUUCUAUCCGAGUAAGGACGGUACACAAAUUCCAAUGACAAUCGUGAUGAGAAAGGGUGCAAAACUUGAUAGAUCAAUGCCAGCACUUCUUUCCAUAAAUGGAGGCAUCACAAUCUCAUCUUUCUAUCAUGACGAGAAUGUAAUUUUUACACAGAAUUUUAAUGGAAUUUUAGCCAAACCACAAAUUCGAGGAAGUGAGGAGUCUAAUGAUAAAUGGCACAAAGAUGGAAUUUUGCAGAAUAGACAAAAUGGAAUCGAUGAUUUUCAAUCGGCCGCUGAAUAUCUCAUUAAAAAUGGAUACACAUCGAGGGAAAAAUUGACAAUCAGAGGAGAUGUUGCAGGGGGUUUAAUUGUUGGCGCUUGCAUUAAUCAAAGACCGAAUUUAUUUGGUGCUGCUUUGAUCUCUAAUGGAAUCUUUGAUACUUUACGUUUUCAUAAAUUCACAUCUAGUGAUUAUUUAAUAUUUACAUUCGGUAAUUCUGACCGUAGGCAAGAUUUUGAGAAUCUAAUUAAAUUAUCACCGCUUCAUAAUGUUAAAGUGCCGAAAAAUAAUGAACAAUAUCCGGCAACGUUACUGACAGCUUACGAUUAUGCAGGGUAUGUUGAUCCAUUGCAUUCGUUGAAAUUCACUGCAACUUUACAAAACAAAAUUGGAAAUUUGAAGCAACAAAAGAAUCCAUUAUUGUUUAAAAUUAAUACCAGUUCUAAGUAUGACCAGAGUCAGGGAUUAAUGGAAAAAACUACUGCUCUAUUGACUUUUAUUGCUAAAUCGUUAAAUUUGGAACUUAAUUUCUAGAAUUGCAGAAAAAAACGAGUGUAUUCUUCAGGAAUAAAAAAAAAAAAAAAUUCGGUCAUUUUUUGUAUCAAAAAAAAAGUAUUAUUUGUAAAAUAAAAAAACUUGUUUUAUAAAAAUUU